GCACUGUUGGCCUUCAGAUGAAACCUUGUCUGGCUAGCUAGUCUGAAAAAGUUUGAGACUCCACAGGUGCCUUUCAGAGUACUGUUGGAAGUCAAUCAGCCGGUGUGCAGUCUUGAUAUUUGUCAGUUUGAGCACCAACCCAGAGAGACAUAAUGUACGGGCUGCUGUGUGAGAGUCUUCACGACUUCAUCAAAGAGUCCUACGGAGAUGAUGUGUGGAAGCUGGUCCGAGAAAGAGCAGAUGUCAGGUUACAUUCUUUUGUCACCCACCAGGUGUAUAGUGAGAGUGUGAUUCCACGUAUUGCAAAGGCAGCUAGUGGAGUGACAGGCACGCCCUACAAUGAGCUGAUGAAUUCGUGGGGUGUCUACUUCUUGGGCUUCGUUGGGAAGUAUGGCUAUGACAGGAUCCUCAAGGUACUGGGCCGUCAUGUACGUGACUUUGUCAAUGGCCUUGAUAACCUCCACGAGUAUCUGCGCUUCAGCUACCCCAAAGUGCAGCCUCCAACCUUCUUCUGCCAAGAGGAGUCAGCCACCGGAGUCACCCUCCACUACAGGAGUAAGCGCAAAGGUUAUCUGCACUACGCCAUGGGUCAGCUGAGGCAGAUGGGGAAACAGUUCUAUGAUACCGACAUACAUGUGGAGGUGCUGUCCGAGCAGAUGUUAGGAGACUACUCCCAUGUCACUAUGAGGCUGAACUUUGAUAACUCAGCUUACCGCUACAUCAUGAAGGAGGAUGAGGAAGAGCAGGAGAUUUUGCCCAUCACCUCAGACUUCUUCUUUGAGGUGUUCCCCUUCAACAUAGUCUUCAGACAGGACAUGGUGGUACAUAAUGUUGGCUCAGGCCUGGCCACAGUCUUCCCUGAUCUGGAUGGGAAGAAGAUCAAUGAUGCCUUCUUGCUGGCUCGCCCCCUAGUGGAGUUUACCUGGAACAUGAUCAUCUCCCACCCCAACAACCUGUUUGAGAUCAUGUCAAAGGAGCCUGUGAAGAGAGAGAGGAACCUUCACAACCGAAUCCAGAAUUCUGACUAUGAAAAUGCCAAUCGCUCUGCUGACGUAGAUGUGGAGCUCAUGGCUUUCCAGUCCAUCAUUGGAGAUGAUUACAAAGACGGUAACAGUGCUAAUGCGAUGGAGAGCUGGGGAGAUGGGAGCCGCUGCCUUAAACUAAAAGGACAAAUGAGAUACAUGCCUGAGUGGGAGUCCAUCAUCUUCCUGGGAACCCCUGUGAUGGAAAGUCUGAGUGCUAUGUUUAAGACGGGCCUGUACAUCAAUGACCUGAGCAUGCACGACUCCAGCAGAGACCUGGUGCUGGCGGGCACGCAGCAGUCAGAGGAGCUGAAGAGAGCUCUCAUUCAGGAGCAAAAGAAGUCGAGUAAGCUGGAGGAGAGCAUGAAGAUGUUGGACUAUGAAAUGAAGAAGACUGAUGACCUCCUAUACAGGAUGAUUCCCAAGCCAGUGGCCAAAAGGCUGCGCAAAGGAGAGCCAGCUGUGAACACUUGUGAGGUGUUCCCAGAUGUUACCAUUCUCUUUAGCGACGUUGUUGGAUUUACUCGCAUUUGCAGCCACAUCACCCCAAUGCAAGUUGUCUCCAUGCUGAACACCAUGUACACGCUGUUCGACACCCUCAGCGAGAAGCACCGCGUCUUCAAGGUUGAGACUAUUGGAGAUGCAUACAUGGUUGUGGCCGGCGCUCCAGAGAAGACGAAGUAUCACGCUCACAACAUCUGUGACAUGGCCCUGGACAUGGUGCGCUCCAUAGAUCACCUGAAAGACCCCUCCAACGGCAACCACAUACAGAUUCGUGUUGGGAUCCACUCAGGAAUGGUGGUGGCGGGUGUGGUGGGACACAAGAUGCCACGCUAUGGUCUCCAUGGUGACACGGUGCACACUGCAUCUGCCAUGGAGAGCAAUGGAAAGGAGAUGCACAUUCAGCUCAGCAGCGCCACCUACGAGCACCUGAAAGGAAGUCACUUUAUUUUUGAAAGGAGGGGCACCAUAACCAUCAAGGGGAAUGUUGAAAUUGAGACCUACUGGCUGAAAGGAAAGAGGGACAAAGACGGGAACGCUCAGGCGGCGUGUCCUCAGUUUGAGACCCAGACCAUCAGUAAUGCCAACAUCUCCGGCCCUGAGGCCACAGGAGAUGAGGAGGGAAUGGGUUCCCCGCUGGUGGCAGGGCGGGACAAAGAUGAUGUGAAGUCUAUUCGCUCGCAUUGUAUCAAGAUGGAGAUAACAGGCCAUUCUCUGGAGUCCAUGGAGGGGCACCGGGUGGAGGAGAUGCCGGGUCAUAAGGACGGCCUCCAGGACGCUCACCUUGAACUGGACUCCCCUGAGUCCGACGGCAGAGACUCCAUCAUGGAGUCCCCCGACAGCUCCUGUGACUCCCCCUGUUCCAAGAGUGCCACGUGCGCCAUGUCGUGAACCCAACGGAUGUUUGCUGAUGCUGUACCCAGAACUUCAGUUACAUGUUUUGUUUUCACAAGGCGUUGAAUGUCAAUGUCUAAUGACAAUUUGUUUGUAAAUGGCCUAGUCUAUAAUGCUUGAAAUGUUUGCGGCCUUGCGUGGUGUUAUGUUGCACAGUGAAAUCAUCAUUGUUAAUUUUUUCACUAGAUCAGUCUAAGUGAGCAGCUGCUUAUCCAAUUAUUACCUCACAUCAGUCCAUUCAAAGCAAUUGCAUCUAAAAGUUUGUUGUGUACACAUAACAUGUUUUUAAACCAAGAGUGGUCACUGCCUCGCAGUUCAGAUGGACACAAGCUCACUAAUAUCCUGUUUGUUGGGCUGCACAUUGUACAUUUGACAUCUCAUUUCAUCCUAGGAAGACAUGAUUGUGUAUCUCUCCUCUGUCCCUCUCCCUCCACGCUCCUUCAUCCUGAACGUCUAGAUUCAUUGUUCUAUAUCAGCCUUGUCAAAUACACAGCCACAGCUCAAUGAAAAUGUUGUCAGCUCGGUGAAAAUAAAGCGAGAUGACUGCUGA